CGAUAGCCACACUUGUAUGGAAAGCUUUCCCGUAUGCUGUAUUUCACAAAGUUGCGCUGCAUGUAAAGGAUCGACUAGAUAUUCUUGUUUCGUACUUAUAGCAACAGUUACACUUGAAACAACUGAAAUUAUUUCUAUGGAGGCGUCUGCUAGUGCAAGUGAUGUUGCCAGAGUCAUUGCAGCAAACGCACUUCCAUCAUCCUCCAAUAUUACAACAUAUAGGUCUAUCGAACAUUUUGGAUACUUAUCCAGGAUUACUAUGGGCUCGAAAACUCUAACUAAUCUUGUUGAUAAUAAACGUUCUUCUUCGGAAACUCCUCUACCAACAUUUGCCAUCCUUGUGCUUUCAUAAGAAUAGUAACAAAAAGAAGAUUUGACAACCUCGCAAGUGAUCCUCCCGUUCAUAGUAUUUUCCACUCCUCCUCUUAUUCGUAUCGGAGGUCUUGGACCCUGAACAGCCACGAUAACCUUUGUCUUACCCAACUCAACGUAACCACUGCCUGCGGCGUCUACUACCGUUCCAGUAUUCAAUACAAGAGACCUUGGUGCAUUAUUUGGUC